AUGCCACCCCCAGAGACCCAGCAUUACUGGCUCCCCGGCUACGGGCUCUCGCGCUCCAUCGUCCUCAGCCAGAUCCAGUACUUCCUGGGCCCAGCGGCAAGUGCGCGGCCGUACUCCUAUCAGGGCCGAGACGGCUACCUCAUCACUGGCGUACCAUUGACGCGGGACCAGAUCGACGAUCUCGCGGCUAUGUCCAGGGAAUACGAACGGCAGGAGUCGCUUCGUAUGGCUGGUGAGAGCGCCGGUGGGAGCUAUGGCUGUAGCUAUAGCAGCUGCAGCAGUAGCGGGGCAAGGGACGAGCCGUACAUUAAUGAGAUUGUGUGGAUGAGGGGUGCCGGUUAUACCAAUGGUCAUGGUGAGACGGGUGGGCGAUGGCGCAUAAGGGGGCUGGGGUCAAGUCGGAGGCGGGUGAGGUAGUAGAUAUCCCGAAGUUUAAGUGUGUAUGUUGAUUUGUGGGUAGAGCUCUGAC